AUGACGACGAGUUUCAGGUUUCAUUUACCUGUAGCAGUUUUGAUUCCUUUACUGGUUUCCCAGUUUCCGUUCACCUUGAAAUGUGCUGAAGGGACAGAGCUGCAGACUCUCCACUGCCCCCCAUGUGAACGCAUCCACUGCACCCCAAGGAAGGCGUUGAAGCUGCAGUGCAACGGAGGCAUAACCACAGGAGUUUGUGGGUGCUGCCCAGUCUGUGCCAAGACUGAAGGGGAGACCUGUGGAGGGAAGUGGGACUAUCUUGGGAAGUGUGACGAAGGCUUGGUUUGCACGUACGAGGAGAGGCAAGACACUGAGAUUAAUGACCAGGAUUUCAAAGGCAUCUGUCAAGCAGUUUUGGAUCAACCACCAGAAGAUGAAGUUUGCAAACCUGAGUGUACCAGGGAAUUUUGCCAUGCCAACCCCUUUGAAAUCUGCUCUGCCAAGACACUUGCCCUGGAGAGAAAGGCUUGUCAUGGCUCAUGCCAGCACACUGCCUGCAGCAGCUGCUUUCAAAUCAAACAGACCCAGUGCAAUACGGGUUGCCAUUCGACUGACCUGCCAUGCAUUAGGCGCUUCGGGAGAUGUGUGCACCAUGAGUUCAGGGACCAGGAAGAGACGGUCUUCCAGCAGGUUCAGCACCCCUCUCCUGAGGAAAAUGAGUUUGACAAGUCAAGCUAA